UGAUAUCCAACAUGAGGAAUACCAACAUAACGACAGCUGAUGACAAUACUUGUGGACGACACUCUCCAGUAAGGCCCAAAACACCGCCAUUGAGUGGAGACAGUACAGCCUCGCCUCACCCGCCAGCUCCACUGCUCCACCAGGAGGUGAGGAGGCCAGACAGUGGUGACGUCAUCACACCACGAGCAGACAUGCCCGCGCUCAGGAACGCGCGUGUGUCGGUGCGACGGAGGCUCUUCAUUGAACAUCAGGACUGUGGUGAUAGUAGUAUGAACCUAAAUAAUAGUAGCCAGGAUGUGGCGUGUGGAAGGAAGUUGAGUCAAGAUGGAUUGACUCAGGAAAGACGUGAGUCAGAUGAGCGUCAGCAUCCCGAGUCAAAACAGUGUGGAUCUCUUGAAUCGAGUCUGGACAGAUGUGGUGACUCGAGUCAAAACUUGAAUCGGAGUCAGAAUCCUGAAUCAGAACAGGGUGAAUCAACUGAAUUUAGUCAAAAUGUGAAACCAGAUGGGAUUGCGGUAUUGAGUCGAGGUAGUUGUGAUGAGUCGAGUCAGCUAGAGUCAAUCCAUGAUGGGAUCACGGAACUGAGUCACAUUGAAUCUCAUAGAGUGAGUAAUUCCAAGACUGGUGGGUCAAUUGUGGAUGGGAUUGCGGUUUCAAGCCAAGGUGGAUGUGUUAAGCUGGAUCAAGCUGAGACUGAUGAAUCAAUUGAGAUAUUGAGUCAAAGUAAGUUGAAUCAAACAGAAGCUGAUGAGUCAAAUGAGGGUGAGAGUCAGGAUAAACGUUUCAAAAUGGAUGAAAGCAGUUAA